UGCCCUCGGAGCCCCCCUGCCCGGCCGUGCCUCUGGAGCUGCAGACCCUGUGUCCCCGGGAGGCCGACUCUGGCCCCACAGCCAGGCCUAUCUCAGCAUGGCCCUUGUUGGAGAGCGAGCCCUGGGUCCUAGGCAUCUGUGUUGGCUCUGCUGUCGUGUGGCUCCUGGGUGCCCAUCUGCGCCCGUGCCUCUGCUCUGGGCUUCAGUGGAGCCGUGCCACUUGGGAGGCUCCGAGGUCCUGACGUCGCCCUGGGGCGUGGCCAGCUCCCUGGCCUGCCCCCUGCACAGUGAGUCCUUGUCUCUGCUCUGGGCCAGGAGAGGCGGCCACCCAUGAUGAGCUCUGCAGCCUUCCCGAGGUGGCCGAGCAUGGGGUCCCCUCGUACCCCUGCGAGGACAGUGCUCUUUGAGCGGGAGAGGACGGGCCUGACCUACCGCGUGCCCUCGCUGCUCCCCGUGCCCCCCGGGCCCACCCUGCUGGCCUUUGUGGAGCAGCGGCUCAGCCCCGAUGAUGCCCACGCCCACCGCCUGGUGCUGAGGAGGGGCACACUGGCCCGGGGCUCUGUGCAGUGGGGUGCCCUGCACGUGCUGGGGACGGCGGCCCUGGCGGAGCACCGGUCCAUGAACCCCUGCCCCGUGCACGACGCUGCGACAGGCACCGUCUUCCUCUUCUUCAUUGCGGUGCUGGGUCACACGCCCGAGGCCGUGCAGAUCGCCACAGGCAGGAACGCCGCACGACUCUGCUAUGUGACCAGCCAUGACGCAGGCCUCACGUGGGGCAGCGCCCGGGACCUCACCGAGGAGGCCAUCGGCAGUGCUGUGCAGGAUUGGGCCACGUUUGCGGUGGGCCCGGGCCAUGGCGUGCAGCUGCCUUCUGGCCGCCUGCUGGUGCCCGCCUACACCUACCGCGUGGACCGCCGAGAGUGUUUUGGCAAGAUCUGCCGGACCAGCCCCCACUCCUUCGCCUUCUACAGCGAUGACCACGGCCGCACCUGGCGCUGCGGAGGCCUCGUGCCCAACCUGCGCUCAGGCGAGUGCCAGCUGGCGGCAGUGGAUGGGGGGCAGGCCGGCAGCUUCCUCUACUGCAACGCCCGGAGCCCCCUGGGCAGCCGCGUGCAGGCGCUCAGCACCGACGAGGGCACCUCCUUCCUGCCCGCAGUGCGCGUGACCACCCUGCCUGAGACUGCCUGGGGCUGCCAGGGCAGCAUCGUGGGCUUCCUAGCCCCCACUCCCAGCAGGCCACGGGAUGGCGGAUGGUCAGUGGGCCCUGGGAGUGACCCCCACCCUCCACGCCUCCGUCCUGGAGUCCUUGAACCCCCCGAAGAGGCUGCUGAAGACCCCCGUGGAGGCCAGGUGCCUGGAGGGCUCUUCAGCCAUCCGCAGCCUCAGGGGGACGGCCCCAGGCCUGGGGUCAGCGGAGAUGUGGGGUCCUGGACCCUGGCGCCCCCAGCGCCCUCUGCCACCACGCCCCAGAGCCCCACAUGGCUGCUGUACUCCCACCCCGUGGGCCGCAAGGCUCGCCUGCACAUGGGCAUCCGCCUGAGCCGGUCCCCACUGGACCCGAACAGCUGGACGGAGCCCUGGGUGAUUUACGAGGGUCCCAGUGGCUACUCUGACCUGGCAUCCAUUGGGCUGGCCCCUGGCGGGGCCCUGGUCUUUGCCUGCCUUUUUGAGAGCGGGGCCAGGACCUCCUAUGAGCAGAUUUCCUUCUGCACAUUCUCCCUACACGACGUCCUAGAGAACGUGCCUGCUGGCCCCCAGCUGCCCACCCUGGGAGACAAGCCUUGGGGGCACUGCUGGCCCUCCUGACAGGCCUCCAGGACAUGCCCAUGCCCCUUGGGUGCCCGGGGAGGAGGGGUGGAAUAUGCUGGGGUGCCCCAGGAUGGAUGUGGGGGGUCCUGGGGAGGACCCUGUGGGUGAGGAACAAGUUGCUCCUCAGAGCUCUCAGGCAGGGGCUGCUCUUUAGGAAGGGGAACAGGGGCUGGGGGUGAGCAGGGCGGGGUGGGGGCAGGCACUGGGCCCUGGGCGACACCCCACAGCUCCCUCCGAGGCUGCCAGGGCCAUGGUGGAACCUCAGGUGUCCCAGGGUGUGGCUGUUGGUCCAAAGUACUUGCUUCCUUGUUGCCUUCUGGCCAGAAAUAAACGGAUUGUGCUUGUG